AUGCGCGACGUCCUUUCCACUGAGGAGCUCACCAUCCCUGAGGGCGUUACCGUCGCUAUCAAGUCGCGCCUGAUCAACGUCGAGGGUCCUCGUGGCAAGCUCGUCAAAAACGUCCGUCAUGUUAACAUGGACAUCCAGCUCGUCAAGAGCAGCAAAGAGAACCAAGUCACGCUUGCAGUAUGGCAAGGUGGACGCAAGCACGUUGCGUGCUUGAGGACGAUCAAGAGCUUGAUCGAGAACAUGAUCACUGGUGUCACCAAGGGUUUCCGCUACAAGAUGCGUGCGGUCUAUGCCCAUUUCCCUAUCAACUGCAUCAUCCAGGACGGUGGAAAGAAGGUCGAGAUCAGGAACUUCUUGGGCGAGAAGCUUGUCAGGCAUGUCGCUAUGCUUGACGGUGUUACUAUCAGCGAGUCCAAGGCGCAAAAGGACGAACUUAUCCUUGAGGGCAACGACGUCCAGAACGUCUCCCAAUCUGCUGCGUCGAUCCAGGGGACCUGCCGAGUACGCAACAAGGAUAUCCGAAAAUUCUUGGAUGGUGUCUACGUCUCCCACAGGGGAACCUUGGACGAGGAGUAA